GGGAUCCUCUAUCUGCCACUUACAUAGUUGUAUGUUUUGCACGCGCCAUGAGCAGCAAAACACCAUCUGUCAACCUGUCAGCCGACGAGGAGAAAGGCCCAAAGCCGAUUUCUCCAAGCCAAGAAAAAUUAUCAGACUUGGCUAAUGGACUCGUGGGCUGGGACAGCUUGGACGAUCCUCAUAAUCCUCAGAAUUUCAAGAGCAGCCGCAAAUGGUUUCUUUUGGGCCUCGUGAGCUUUAUAACAUUUUUAAGUCCUCUGGCAUCCUCUAUUCCCGCUCCCGGGAUUGGAUACACGGACAAGACCUUCGGGGUCACAUCCUCGAUUCUGAGCGCCCUGGCAGUUAGUAUCUUUGUUUUAGGCUUCGCGGUCGGCCCUCUUAUUCUCUCCCCGCUAAGUGAAAUUUUUGGACGCCAGCCUGUCCUAAACUGCUCGAACUUUUUCUUUACAAUAUGGCAAAUUGGAUGCGCGCUCUCCCCGAAUAUGUCUGCCCUCAUCGUCUUUCGACUGCUAGCCGGGAUCGGUGGUUCUGCUUGCUUGACCGUGGGUGGUGGUAUCAUUUCAGACCUCUUUCCCCUGCACCAGCGAGGCAAAGCCAACGCAAUGUUUACCCUCGGCCCGCUCUUUGGACCAGUCAUCGGACCCAUUAUUGGUGGGUUCAUUGCGCAGCGCGCCUCGUGGAGAUGGGUUUAUUGGGUUUUGCUCAUCGCAUGCGGUGUAGUCAGCAGCAUCAACAUUGUGACCGGCCAGGAGACCAACCCUGUGGUGUUACUUCGCCGAAAGACACAACGCCUGCAGAAGGAGCUCCAAAAUCCUGAGCUCCGCUCUGUCUACGAUCUCAAGGGCGGAGCCGCGAGCCCCACGUCGUUCAUGGUCCAGAGCGUCACCAGACCGGUCCGAAUGCUCGCCCGGUCGCCGAUCCUCCUCUUUCUCGCCCUGUAUAUGUCCUUCGUGUUCGGGCUGUUGUACCUUCUCUUCACCACCCUCACAUCCCUCUACGUGGACACCUACGGCUGGCCGGUGGACCUCUGUGGUCUGGCCUAUCUGGGCAUCGGCCUGGGAUUCGGCCUCGGCAUCACCGUCGUCGCCAAGACCUCCGACAAGACCGUUAUGCGCCUGAAGAAGGCAAAUGGCGAUGUCUUCGAGCCCGAGAUGCGUCUCGCGAGCUGCCUCUACUUUGCACUUUUCAUCCCCAUCAGUUUCUUCUGGUACGGCUGGACCGCCGACAAGCAGGUUCACUGGGUGGUGCCCAUCAUCGGGCUGCUUCCGUUUGGGUUUGGGAUGAUGGGCAUCUUUGCGCCCAUCCAGACAUAUUUCAUCGAUGUCUCAGGGCAGUAUGCUGCUUCGGCGGUCGCCGGUUUGACCGCAUUGCGAUGCCUGUUUGGGGCGUUCCUGCCGCUGGCGGGUCCCUCCAUGUAUGAGGCGCUGGGGCUGGGCUGGGGGAACUCCUUGCUGGGCUUUCUGGCGCUGGGGUUGACCCCGGUCCCGGCUUUGAUUUAUCGCUAUGGUGGGGCGUUGCGGAGAAAGCAUCCGAUUCGGCUUGGGUAGAACUGUGUGGGGCUGGAACAAUGGGGAUGGCCUGGAUAGCUGGGGGUGGGCUUGGGCAGAGUAAGCAUGCAUGCAUGCUUGCUCGCUUAAUUCAUUUGUUGCAAAGAACAGGUGUGGAUAUCGAAUCAGAUUAGCUUGGAUUACAUAGUAUAGAGGGGGUUAUAUUCAUCUACUGUACAGUCAGC